GGCAUCGGCCGUUCUUUUUCUCCUCCGAUUUUCCUGAAUUACCCACGCCUCCUCUUCCAUAACUAUACAACUUCGUUCUCUAAUUCAAUCAACCCUACCUCCCUUAUUUUCGUCCCCAGCUAAUCAUCCUCUCCGUACUUCUGCAGUUGCUCACUUGCUCUCCAGAUGACUUAAAUUCAUAUCACAGCAUUCAGAUACGGGGUCAAACGACAAAAGGACCACAGGCAACCGCCAGCCAUCGAACCAAACUUAAAGUCAAUCACCCCAGAAAAGCAAUAUAACCCGCUGAUCAUAUAACGGACAUAAAUGAGCCAACGAUGUAAGGCAAAUUCUGAUGUAACUUGAGUGUGCACAAGAUGUAAAUUGAGGAAGGUCUAAAAUAAUUCACAACAGUCAUCUUCAACAUAUAACGAAGUCCAGAUCCAAAUUACGGCAUGGUCUGCAAUAUUCGGAAACAAGGCUUAGCCGCAUAUCGCUGACGUUUUACUUCAGUCCGGAAGGGAUGGCGUGAAGAUACUCACAGCGGCCACACCAGCUAUCGACCUAAUCGCUACAUCUGUGCAACCAAUUUAAGGGAAGGCAAUUGCACCAAACGCGGUGAGGUGACGGCGGAAGGAGUGCAGAGGAGUUCCAUGGGGAGAUGAAACGCGAAGGAGAUGAAACGGCGGAAAAAGCGCAAUUAUCUUCAAGAUUCAUUUGAAUGCCUUCCCGAUUGAAGUUUUAGCUGAAAUUUGGUAUGAGUAAACUAGACUUAAUGAAUAAGAUGCUCAAAAAAUUUCAUCAAAAAAUUCCACCGGGAACCGUCUCAAAUGGCGACGGCCUGACUAUAGUUUUUGUUAUUUCCGGUUUUAUUAUUUAAUUUCCUGUUGUUCCAAAAAAAAUGGUCAUUACAGCAUAAACAGGUCCAUAAAACAGUGCACUACUAAUAAAUCGAGAACACAUAUACAAGCAUAUAUUAUUAUUAUGUUCCAAUUAUAGAAGUAGAUGUUUUCCUUUUUAUAUUAAAUCUAUAUGCUACUAACAUUUACAGCCUCAUUUAUGCCAGUAGGACUUGUUUGGUGCUGUCUGAAUUGCUGAGCUGUGAUGGAUCUAUGUUACAAGGAAGUGUCUCAUUCUAAGAAUAAAAAACAGCAAUCCCCCAUCUUUUCUUUCCAGUUCAUAUGACCAAAAAGUUGGCCAAAAGGAACAUACAGCCAUUACAAAGAAAAGACCGUGAAAUGAUUUGAGCAACAGCCAACCAAUUUUUCUUUUUGUUUUAUUUUAUUAUUAUUCUUCUAAUUAUUUAAAACAAAAUAUAAUCACCCCUCAAUAAUAUAAUUGUGUUCGUGAAGUAAAAUCCAAAUUUCCCCCAUACCUAGCUUGACCACAUUUGGGAUCAAUCUUUUUACCAAGAAUCAGUUUAAGAAACUGAAGAAGACUAUGGGCGCAAAAGAUCUUUUUUUUCUUGUUUAAAAAACAUGAAAUGUAUUCACAUUUAAUGAUUUAAACCCAUUAAUUUACUUUGUAGCUUGGGUCAAAGACAAAAGACCUUUCUUGCUGAGCUGUUGUUUGGGGAGAAAAUCCUGAAUGUAUUAUAAUUUGUCAUUUUUUUCACCUGAUUGAUACUCUUUCGAUUGCAUGGAGUUGUGUGUACCAAAUUUUCACUUCACAUCUUUUUGUGUUUCAUGCUCCACAUCCACCUAUCUUCUCCCACUAGGAAUCUUAAAGUACUAGCAGCAGGAACAUCUUAAAUACAGACCAGCUAGUACAAAAGAAGGAAAAAUUAAAGUUAAAAAAAACACCAGAGAAAUGACAUCAGCAUAAGAGUUUGAUUUCUUCUUCUUUGUUUGGAAAGUAAGAAAGAUUCUUCUUCUUCUUCUUCCAUAAAAGAAGAGAGUGAGAGAGAGAUUUUAUUUCAAGAACUGGGAUUCCCAGAGUUACCUUGUUGAUCUUGAUGACAGAAUUCCUUGAGUGAAAACUAUUGUUGUAGAAAGACAAAAUGAGACCACAAAGUAAAUUUUUUAAGGAGGUUUUUGGGAUCUUUAAAGUUGUAGAGCUUGAAAACAUGCCACCACACAGUAUACAACACACCAUGCCACUUGGCCUUUGGCUUUUUUGAAUAAUUGCAGCUCAUCAAGUACUUUCACUUCUUGAGGGCUACCUAGAGCUAAAUAUUCCCAAAUCCAAACAUUCAAAACUUUCUGAUACAUAUAUAUCAAUAGGUUCCCCAUUCUUUUAGAUUAUCUAAUUCAUCAAUGCUCAACCCAUCCAUUAGAAGGUCAAGAAACAUAAGAUUUCUCUGAUGGCAAUUCCAAUUGCAGCAGUAGCUGGAGGUAUUGGAGGGGCAUUACUACUACUGGGAGUAAUAAUAAUUUAUUAUUUCCUUAUGCAUCACUAUAAGAACUCUUCAAACAGGAACUCAGACAGUGCUUCAUCAGAUCCCCCUGCUGUUGUGGAGCCAAGAAGGGAAGGAGGGGCGAGCAGUUCAGAAGCAAAGGCAAGGGUGUUUAGGCUGAGAGAACUGGAGCAUGCCACCAAGCAUUUUGAUGACUCUCAUCUCAUUGGCUAUGGAAGCUUUGGUAUGGUUUUCAAAGGCCUGCUUUAUGAUGGAACCAUCGUGGCUAUCAAAAGGCGCUUGGCCGCUCCCCGGCAACAAUUCACUGAAGAGGUGGUUCACAUGUCAAUGGUGCACCAUAGGAACUUGGUGAGGCUUCUUGGAUACUGUCAAGAGAGUGGCUACCAAAUGCUAGUCUUUGAGUACUUGCCCAAUGGCAGCAUGCGCAAACACUUGUAUGAGACGGGAAUGGAUUCACAGUCGACGAAGCUAGAAUUCAAGCAAAGGCUUUCGAUUGCUAGUGGAGCGUCAAAAGGUUUGUGUCAUUUGCACAGCCAACAGCCCCCAAUCUUGCAUGGCAACUUCAAGACAGCUAAUGUGUUGGUUGAUGAGAACUUCAUUGCCAAAGUUUCAGGCGGAGGGGUGUCAAGGCUACUCGAGACGAUAGACGAUGCAGGGCCUUCCCAUUCGGUAAAUCGGGCAAGCGUAUUCAGAGAUCCAGGUGUGGAUCAAAACACUUUGUUGUGUGAGGCAAGCGACGUUUAUAGCUUCGGGGUGUUCCUUUGGGAAUUAAUAACUGGAAGAGAGGCUUCACAUAUAGGUGGCUUGGGAUCAAAUGAACGUUUGCUUCAGUGGGUAGAAACACAUUUGAACGAGGAUGAUUUGGUGGAUCGACGGUUGUCAAGGAGUUUCACCAUGGAGGGAAUGGGGGAUUUCAUCAAACUAGCCAUGAGAUGCACAAGUUUUCCAAGUAAACAAAGACCUGCAAUGGAAGUGGUGGUUGUGGAACUAGACAAAAUUCUUGACAAGGAGAUCAUGCAUACAACAUUCAUGGGAGAGGGCACUACCACUGUUACUCUAGGCAGUCAACUAUUUACAAAUUAAUUAACAGCAUAGUAGUAUUUAUAUGUAAAUGAUUUCAAGACUUACCACAAAAAGUAUCUUACAUAGGAGCUAAAUUGAUCUCAAUUAAUGUCAGCACUCCAAUUUGUAUGUAUUAGUUUUCAUUUAUUAAAGAAAUGUAUAUCUUCAUCACGCUGGCUCAAUAUCGACCUAAGAACCCACACAUGUUUUCAAGUGUUCUUGAUGGAACUGAUUAACACAUGAAAAAUGUCUAUACAUUUAUAACCAUAAAGCUUUGAGGUCUAACAAAACAUGUUCC